GUGUCACAAACUGUGACUAGCAAUUCUACAGGAAAUCCUCAAGACUAAGCUUACAAAAAGAUAAAGAUUUCUCAGCCCCUUGUCUCCUUGUUCCGAGCCGCUGGGUAAAUCUCUGCUCUCUUUGUCACAGGUCAGUCUGACCCAGCUAAUUAAUUUCCCCUUGAAAAGGCUCCACAGCAGAUGAAUUGGGACGGAGCGGUUUCUUUUAUUCCGACAGCUAAAUGUGAACUUCGAGACGUGAACUGUUAUCUGGCCUGUUCCGUGUUGUGCUGUGUCGCUACUUGUAAACCCCCCGAGGAGGCUGCGUCUCUAAGCAACUGGUAAAGUGGAGGCUGAAGCGAGGAUUUAUAAACACUCGAAUCCCACUGUGAUUUAUUUGGUAGGAGAAAGUUGAUCAUGUUUAAACCUGAUCUGUGAGGCAGUGAUGUCUCUUCAAACUGCUCUCUAACCUGUCAGGGGACACAAAGGACAAGAGAAGCAGACAGACUACUUUCAGAGAUGCUGCCGCUGGAGACCCUCACCCCCGGCCCCACGGUGGUGGAUACAGUGUCCGGAGUCACCGCUCUUCUGAUUCUUCUUCUCCUGCUGCUGCUCUUGACAGCCUGGGGCCGAACAAACCCGUCACACAUACCAGGUCCUGCUUUCCUGGCAGGACUCGGCCCUAUUCUCUCCUACUCCAGGUUCAUCUGGACCGGGAUUGGAACGGCGAGCAACUACUACAACAACAAAUAUGGCAGCAUCGUGCGGGUGUGGAUCAACGGCGAGGAGACCCUCAUUUUAAGCAGGUCGUCAGCAGUGUAUCACAUUAUGAGGAGCCCCCACUACACUGCCAGGUUUGGGAGCAAAAAAGGGCUGCAGUGCAUCGGGAUGGAAGGGAGAGGCAUCAUUUUCAACAAUGAUGUCCCACUCUGGAAAAAAUUGAGGACGUACUUUUCUAAAGCCCUGACAGGCCCCACCCUCCAGGGGACCGUGGCGAUCUGUGUGAGCUCCACUGCCAAACACCUGGACGGCCUGCAGGACAUGACUGACUCCUCCGGCCAUGUGGACACUCUCAAUCUGCUCCGAGCCAUAGUGGUGGACAUCUCCAACAGGGUUUUCCUCAGGGUGCCGAUCAAUGGUCAGCUGCACGUCGUAAAUCAUGCACUCAAACUGUGUACAGUAUUAACUGCCUUCUUGCUCCUGACUGAUUUUGUAUUCAUAAUUACAGAGAAGGAGUUGCUGAUGAAAAUCCAAAACUACUUUGAGACCUGGCAGACGGUUCUAAUAAAGCCUGAUAUAUUCUUCAAGAUUGGAUGGCUCUAUAAUAAGCAUAAGAGAGCAGCGCAAGAGCUGCAGGAUGUGAUGGAAAGCCUCCUGGAAAUGAAAAGACAGAUUAUUCAUGAAAGUGAGAAGUUGGAUGAGGAUCUUGACUUUGCAACAGAGCUCAUCUUUGCCCAGAACCAAGGCAAGAUCUCUGCAGAUAACGUCAGGCAGUGCGUGUUGGAGAUGGUGAUCGCAGGACCCGAUACACUUUCCAUCAGCCUCUUCUUCAUGCUGAUCCUGCUGAAACAGAACCCGGAUGUGGAGCUGAGGAUAGUGGAGGAGAUGAACACUGUCUCCAAUGAGAAAGGGGCUGAAAACAUUCACAGUCAAAGCUUGAACGUGCUGGAGAGUUUCAUCAAUGAGUCUUUGAGGUUUCAUCCUGUGGUUGAUUUCACCAUGAGAAAGGCUCUGGAGGAUGACGUCAUCGAGGGCACUAAAAUCAGGAAGGGAACCAACAUCAUUCUCAACAUGGGUCUCAUGCACAAGACGCAAUUCUUCCCCAAACCCACAGAGUUCAGCCUGUUGAACUUUGACAAAACUGUGCCCAGUCGUUUCUUUCAGCCCUUCGGCUGCGGGCCUCGCUCCUGUGUGGGCAAACGCAUCUCCAUGGUGAUGAUGAAGGCCAUCCUGAUCACCCUGUUGUCUCGGUACACAGUGUGUCCUCGUCAUGGCUGCACCCUCAGCAGCAUCAGGCAGACCAACGACCUGUCACAGCAUCCGGUUGACGACGAGCACAGCCUGGCCAUGCGCUUCAUCCCUCGGACCAAGCAUAUUGACGACAAAAGUGAAGGAGUUGGGCAUGCCGAGCUGUGAAUGUGCUCUUAAAUACCAGUCCUGUGUAUUUCUAUAUGUUCUUAGAUCCUUACAUUUAUGAGUCACAGCAGAUGUUUGAUCUACUUUGAUCUAACUGAGCCAAAUCUCUAAGAAAACAUAGGUCAUGCUAAAGGAACCUAUAAUUAAUAGAGGUACAAAGUUAUAUAUUCUUUUUAAAUUGAAAUGUGUUUUUUAUAUUUUGUCUAAGCUUUCAUUUCCGAUAAUCAAAUAAAUACUAAAGGUAAUUACUGUUCUCCUGAAGCAAAUAUAAUGUAUGAGAGAAAAGGCUAUAAGAAAUUAUUAUGCACUUUUAAUAAUAUCCUUUUUUUCCUCAUGUUCAGCAUAUUAAAGUCUGUAUUGAAUGAACAAUCAUGGACUCAAAGUCAAGGAAGUUUACAUGUGUUGAAUCUAUUCAGAAGUUAGUAGAACAUAGUGACAGGCACUAAGAAAAAAGGAUUUCCUCUUUCUGUACCACAGGCACAAAUCAAACACACCAUCAUGGCAUUAGAACAUAAGGCGUUGGGUUAAAGUGGAGAUUUACACAUGUGUUGUUUUGUCUCAGAUCAGGACACGAAAAAGAAAAAGGUCAACUCUCCCUUCAGAUUAAAUAAAAUAAAAAAAGUUUUCAAACUGGAAACCAGAUCUGGCACAGCGCAAACCAAACAGUAUAUGAAGCACACGUUGUUUUUUUUGUGUUUGAAAUCAAUAUAAAAUAUUUUCUGUAAGAAUAUAAAUCCAAUAAAUAUGUUCUCAAUACUGCUUUGAUAGAAAAAUAUAAGAAUAAAAAAAAAAAACACUAAA